AUGCUGAUACAGAUAUUUUUGUUUCUGGUUGUCUUGAACCUAUGUUACAGUCUGGAUUUUACUUAUUACGUCGAAGAUGGCAAAAGUCCUGGCGCCUUUGUUGGUGACAUUGCCUACGAUACGCACGUAUUGGACAGCUUGUUACCUCAAGACCGAAAACUGGUUCGUUUUAGCCAAAUGCGCGAAGAGACCAUCGGUACCUCUCAACUGUUUCGUGUCUCGCGCAACACAGGAAAAAUUUAUACCGCCCAGGCACUAGACGCGGAAUCGAUUUGCGUCCGGAACGAAGAAUGCUUCAAGAUAGUUGAUGUGGCCGUACGUAAAAGAGAGACUUUUAUCAAGAUCUUGGAAAUCAAGGUCAUUAUCCAAGAUGCCAAUGACCAUCAGCCAGAGUUUCCUGAGAAAGAGGUCAGCAUACAGUUUUCGGAAAACGAUGCCAAAGGAACUAAAGUUUCUAUUCCGAACGCCAUAGACGGAGACGUUGGAAUCCUAAAUUCUCAAAUCACUUACCAGUUGGAGAAGAACAAAUAUGAACCGUUCGCCUUGUCUGUUUCGAAGAGUCUCGAUGGCACGUCAAAGUUAAGCAUAACUCUGGAAGAAAGACUCGAUCGAGAAGUGAAAGACUCGUAUAUAGUACAAGUGAUCGCAAAGGAUGGUGGAUCACCGCCGAAACAAAGCGUUCUGGAUGUCCACAUUGCCGUGACAGACGUGAAUGAUACUCCGCCAGUUUUUUCGCAGAAUGUCUACAACGUCUCAGUAAAGAACGAACACGAGAAAACAUUUCCGAUUGUCAUCCUCUCUGCUACCGAUGCCGAUUUAGAACAAAAUGGUAAAGUUUCUUACCGUUUCAGCUCCCAAACAUCUAAUAUCGCAAAAUCUCUCUUCGAUUUGGACGAAUCCACCGGAGAGAUAUUCCUAGGUAAGGACUUUACUUUCGGACAAAAGUUGAUUUAUAAAUUAUAUGUGGAAGCCACAGACGAAGGCAAUCCUCCCCUGAGUUCGACAGCCAAGGUCGUUGUCUAUGUCAUCAACCAGCAAAAUAAUCCACCAGUUAUUGAUGUCAAUUUUGUGUCGGCCUCUACAGGGAACACGGCCACCAUUUCUGAAGACAUUGCAGUCGGAAGUUUCAUUGCUUAUGUGAAGGUCUCCGAUCACGAUUUUGGUCUGAACGGCGAAGUUAUCUGCGAUCUCCAUCACAACAAAUUUCAGCUCCAGAGUUUGGGAACGAAAAAAUUCAAGGUUAUCGUUAAGGACACUCUUGACAGAGAAACACGUGAUCAUCACGAUAUUACGAUAAUUUGCAAGGAUAAAGGCACUCCGUCCCUGCAAAGUGAGAGCAAAUUUUCAAUUAAGAUAAUGGAUGUUAAUGACGUCCGACCACAGUUCACUGAAAGGAUAUUCAAGUUUGUAGUCGACGAGAAUCAAAGGUCUAAAUUUCCCGUUGGCUUUAUAAAUGCCACUGAUCCGGACCUCGGGCUCGGUGGUCAGCUGACUUACUCGCUGCUCACUGACCAGCAAGACUUCCUACCUUUCCAGAUUACGGACAACGGACAGAUUUUGACGCUCGUCUCUCUGGAUCACGAAUUUCAGGACGUCUAUGAGUUCCAGGUUUUCGUCAAGGAUAACGGGAAACCACCUUUGAAUAGCACUGUCAAGAUUAUCGUUGAAGUUAAAGAUGAAAAUGACAACACUCCAUAUUUCACAUUCCCUAGUGUUAACCCCUACAGUUUGGAUGUUAUUUACUACCCACGCCAUACCAAAAACAUCACAGUUUUAAAAGCUUUCGAUAGAGACAGUCGGGAAAACGCGUUUCUUAAGUACGAAAUAUUAAAAGGUAACGACAAGCAGCUUUUUACCCUGAAUCAUUAUUCAGGUUUGCUCUCAUUCAGUCGGGACUUGAAUCAGCAAGACGCUGGGGCUUAUGACCUUCAGUUUAUUGUCAAAGACAACGGUAUUCCAAUUCUUAACGCCACGACAACCGUAUUUUUAACGCUGACCGUGAGUAACAAAACAAUCGAAAUCCUCAGUACGGCAUUAUCGCAGCCAGAGGAUAAAGUCAAUAUGUUCCUUUUGAUCGUUAUUGUAUUGGUGGCUGUAACUGUAUCCGUGCCGGUUACUGCUAGCGUGUCCAUAUGUUUCAUCCGUUGUAAAAAUCGUAAAAAUGGUUCGCUCAGUGCCGGAGCCAAUCCCUGUGCCAAACAUAUCAGCGAAGAGCGACACUUGAUGUGUCCUUCCCACCUCGACUCCUCGUGGGCUGACGUUCCUGGCGAUAGGACGACAGAACUGGACACUUUGCUAAUAUUUCUAUCUAUCUAUCUAUCUAUCUAUCUAUCUAUCUAUCUAUCUAAUAAUUGCGAUAUCUAA